AUUUGUUUGUCUAUCCGUCCGCCCGCGCUUAAUCUCAGUGUCCGUUAACACUAGAGAGCUAACAGUAUGUAUAUAAAUCACGCCGAAAAAGUGCAAAAAAAUUAGGGUACUCCGAUACGCAAAGUGGGGCGUGAUAUGUUUUUUUCAUUCCAUACGUGUGAUAUAUUGUUGGAUAGAUAUUAAAAAAUAAAUAGGAGUUAGCUAAAAUCAUUUUUCCAUAAUAGUAAUAUUUUCGCUCCUAAAGUUUAAAACAACCUCCUUAAACUUAUAACCAUAAGUUUAAAAAUAUGAAAACAAAUCGAAUGGAGGACUAUGUAGACUCUUGAGGAAAAUUAUUUUAAACUCAUUCGUUGAACAGUUUUUGAAAAAUUGAACAAAAUUAAUUCUGAAAACUUAGUUACAUAUUUUAUAAUAUUUAACGUUUAUUAAAUAAAAAAAAGAAUUCUUAAAAUCGGUUACACAAUCCAAAAUGACCACCGGAACCCGACAUACGUAACCCACCCAGUUGAUCCUCCGAUUAGGAAUAGGCUAUACUCGUCCAACUACGGAACCCUCUACUGAGUUAUAGUAUAAGUUUAGUUGAUAAAUAUUAGUUCAUCCUACAUUUUUUCUAAACCUGCAGAGUUUUGCCAGUCGGUGUAAUGUUUAUGUAAAAAAAAUUAAGUGACAUUAUAUUAUUUGAUAGUAUGUAUGUUUCUAAACUAUUGGAAUGUGAAAGUUACUGUGUGCAUAAUGUGUGUUGUAACUUAUGACUGAUGUUUAUUGUUUUAGUUGGUUGUUUUAUUAUUUUGAUUAUGAAAGAUGCGUUUUAUUAGUUACGUGGCUUAUUAUAAUUUUUAUUUGGCACGUUUUUCGUUUACAAAAUGUGUUUACCGUUUCGACUCGGAGCGCGAUUUUUUUAUCGAAAAUUGAAUACAUGUCACUUGACAUGGGUGAUCCAACGAUGUACCGGGUUUAAAACAAUGUUAUUUUACUGUGUUUUAUUUGAACGAUACGAAAGUGCAUGUGUGACCGUCGAACGAACCAAACAGUUUUGGACACUUUCAGGAUUUUUUUCGUUGCAGGCGAGUUGUUUGGUACCGCGUGCCAGCGGGCGCUGCGCCGCGCCGCCCUGCACGUGCAGGCCGCGGGCCGCGUGCGCAGCGCCGCCGAGCUGGCGGCCCUGCAGGCGGCGCUGGCGGGGGCCCGCGAGGCGCUGCCGGGCCCCGUCACGCUGCAGCGCCUCACCCGCGCCGACCCGCCCGCGCUCGCCGGCCGCGAGCUCGACGCCUACGCCGACCUGCUCACUGCCCUGGCUCGCUGCCUGCUGCCGCAGUGGCCGCUGUGCCGCCAGCAGAUACAGGACCUCUUCACCCUUGACGAGGGUGCGCACAACGCGAGGGAAGCCCUCUCCAUACUCUGCAGCUUCCUCAAGCACGAGACCGACACGACCGCCGUCAAGGCCCUGUCCGACAUACUGGUCGCGUACAUCAAGAGUGACGUCAUCUUCACCGCCAUAGUGGACUGCUGCACCCCCGACUCCGAAGACACUGACGCCAGCGACCGCGACGACGCCUGGGAGCAUUACGUGCAACUGCUCGUAACACUGCCCCAGAGAGUCGCCAAUAGAUUAGAGAUCAAUACCCCCAAGGCAUUCUCCCAUGAAAACUUUGCUUACUAUUUGAUAUUCCACGUAAUAAGAGCGAUAGAUUUCAUGUCCCAGAGCAGUUUCCAAGAAAGCACGCAGUAUAAAAUAAAGGGGCUGUCCCACUUUGUAUCAAAGAUUAUCACAAACUUUUACAUGGGCGGCGACUCGCCCGUCAUAGCCAGCUUCGUAGACAUACUGUCUGCGUGGACCGAGACUUCCGAACAAAACCGAUACGUCAAGCGCAAACUCAUACAAACAUUACUCAAACAUUUAUCCCGACAAGCGAUAGAAUACCUGAGCAUAAUGCUACUCAAGCAAUGUCCUAUACACUAUAAAGCUGAUCAACAGAUAAUCUACAAUGUUAUCGGUGAUAACUUCGAUACGAACAAUGAUUGGAAGGAAAUACUCAGUUUCAAAAUACCUUUUUACGUAAAACCAAAAGACUACAAAGAUACGACGAUACAGGAGAACUUGUUGUACUAUCUGUCGUACACGAAGAACUCCGAGGGGAACAUGAACGAGUUGAUCCUGAAGCUCGCCACGGUAUGGGCGGACGUCAGGCUCAUCAACACUUCCAACUUAAUGGAACACAUCUACAUCUCCCAGCUACUCAUCCUAGCAGUCCGGUACAGGGUCACCAUGUCUCUCUGGAGUAAGUCAGCUUGGAAGACUUCAGAACUCAAGAAUAUAUUGCUGCGAGGCAUGGGCAAACACCUCGACGUGCUGUCCCCAGAGUUCCGCUGUGUGGGCACUGCCACCAUAGAGAUAAUACUCAAGAUAAUGGCUGAACUAGAAACAGAUAAGAAACCAGAACUCAAAUUCCAGUACGACGAUAUGGGAGACUCGUGCAAACAAAUAUAUCAGAACCUAAAAGAUUUGUCGCACCGUUGUCUUAUAGACCACAGACGCAAGGGACCGGACAACUACGUGCCUCGACAGAUCAAUUUAAAACAAUCGCUGGAUUAUAUCGCGAGCAGAUUCGCUAAGGACGAAAACUGUAGAGCGCAUAAUACUAUAGUCUCUUGUGCAGUCAAGGGUCCUGAACAAACUAAGGAAAUAGUAAAAACUAUUAUAUCUGUUAAACUAGAUGCGUUAGACGGCAAACAAGAAAAUCUGGAUUCCGAUGACGAUCUAGUACCUUAUGACAUGAGUAAUGAUAUUUCUGCCAGUGCUAAGAAACAUCCCAAAUAUCUGAGAGAUGUACUAGAGAUCAUCGUUGAAGCGUCAGAUGCGGAACUAUUUGAGUGCAGCGUUGAAGUGGCCGAGGAAGUGGUCACCAAACAACUGAGGGACGAAGAUCCGAAGGUUGUAACCGAGAUACUAGACGUGUUCGUGCAUCUCGAGCCUAAAUACCACAUAGAUGAUUUCGACAAUAUAAAGUUCAAAACGUGUGUAGCGAUUGUAUGUCAACGACCUGCAGUAGCGGCGCCACAUCUCUGUAAGGAAAUACAUACGGACAUAGGACGAUACUCCAUCGCAACCAAAAUAUUCAUGUUAGACGUAUUAUGUGAAGCUGUCAAUAGGAUAUCCGGAGUGUACUCGCACAAAAAACUAAUUCCACUUAAAACUGAAGAAAUUAUCUGCGAGCCCCAAAAAGAAGUGCCGCCCGAAGAGAUCAUAAGGCGAAGACUUAUUAAUAAAACUAGGUAUUUCCACACGAAAAAACCACAUCCCUUUUCUAAAGCCAAGAGGAAUAUGUUUGCGGCUGUUGCUGACAAUAUCUUCUAUCCAUUAGUGGGGGGUUUUGGAUACAAUCAGCUGACGCUUAGCCAACACAACCUCAAGCAAGAUGUGGACAACAUACUGUUAUUAAAAUACCUGUCAGUCGUCGGCAAUGUGGUGCUAGCAACGAAGAACUGUCCCAAAGUGACUACAUACUGUUGGGAGGUUGUUAAGAUAGUGCUAUACAUGCGAUAUACCCCGGAGCCGACGAUACAGACGAGUGUCAUGUCCCUGCUCGCGUCUGUGAUCCUCGUGGUGCCGUCGAGUAUACUGAAAGUGGAGUUCUUCGAUGUGAUGAUGGAGCUGAGGUCGUGGCUGAUCGACUGCCUCAAGAAUGUCGACCUGACCAUGAGGCUCGGCGGUCCCAAGUCUGAAUCGGCGAUAUUCGCCGGACAAGUCUUAGCGUUACUCGAGAAAAACUUAGGAGACAUUGAGUAAUACUAUCGUAUUAUAACAAUGUCUUAACUGAUAGUUUUGUAAGUGAAAUGUUGUGGAAGUUCAAUUCUGAAUGUAAGCGAUAGUGGCCAGGCCAUCUGAGAUUCCAUGUAAUUCUGAUAGGUUUAAGUUUUGAUGCUAAUUGAUUACAACAUUGUAGUGAUUCCUAUGAUCUAUGUGUCUGUAUACCCACCGUCAAUACAUUACUUAAUGUCAACAA